AUGGAGGGGACCGCGUGCAUCUCUAACUUCAGAGAAGCAUGCCUUGACUCGGAGACCAGGCUCAACGUCCUAUUCGAUGAAUUCUUGAGGCAUAUGGAGAGCAGUGCCAGUAAGUGCCACCAAAGCGAUGUCCCGCAUGGGUCUCGAGCCCAACACUGCCGGCAAACCCCUACUGUGCCUUUGAAGAAGGAAAAUGGCACCAAGACACAGGUGCACUCAAACAUGGAGGAGGUGCUCAGGCAGGCGCAACACAGAGAAGCCGAGCACAAAUCACCUACCGCUCAGCUCGUGAAGAGGCUCUAUCCCACUUUACUUCAAGUGCCUGAUUCACUGAUGGGAACACAGCUGGAUCCAUCUCCAAACGCCGUUCUGAAGGUACUGUAG